AAUCUAAUCUCUCUCUCUCUCUCUCUCUCUAUUAAAUUUCCCAAUCUCAAUCUCUUAAGGAAACCCAUCUCCAGAUUAUUGUUUUCUACUAACACUUGGAUUACUCGCCACACCUUUUUUCUAUCGACCCACCCUCCAACGCUAACAUGUCCCAUAUUCUCUUUACCUUAUUUUCUCUGUUAUCUCACGGCACUCAUUGCUAGGGGUUUAUAUAUAUAUUUUUUCCUCUUUUGCGGUUUUCGAUGAUGCAGACUAGGGUUUGGCAAACGCGGAUCUUGGUGUCGUUGAUGAUCUACGGUAGUCUAAUGUUAAUGUGCGCCGCCGCCGCCUCCUCCAAUAAGGUUUCGAUUUGUCCAAUCGAGUCCGUCGCAGAUUCGAUCUUUGGGUUUCGAGAUCGAAACUGCGUCGUUUCUGGUGUUGAUGAAUCCCCCUUUUUCCCUGGUUUCACCGAGGGAGACGAAGUUUCAUUACAGAAGGCACUAAAUUUAGUUCAAAAGAAUAGACAUGAAUACGUGGCUUUGCUCUUCUAUGCAUCAUGGUGCCCUUUUUCUAGGACUUUUAGACCAAGCUUCUCUAUCCUUUCUUCGCUGUAUCCCUCGAUUCCCCAUUUUGCGAUUGAAGAAUCAUCCAUCAGGCCAAGCAUACUAUCCAAGUAUGGAGUUCAUGGAUUUCCUACUCUUUUCCUAUUUAAUUCUACUAUGCGUGUUUGCUAUCAUGGCUCCCGGACUCUUGGUUCUCUCGUCUCUUUCUACAGUGAUGUUACUGGUAUUAAGACUGCUUCCCUGGAUAAAGAAUCGCUGGACAAAAUUGGACGUGCAUCACACCAUGAAAAACAUGAUGCCCCUGAGCAAGAAAGUUGCCCAUUCUCGUGGGCAAGAUCUCCUGAGAACUUGUUUAGGGAGGAAACAUAUUUGGCUCUGGCAACAACGUUUGUGCUUCUGAGGCUGUUUUACUGGACUUUCACUACCAUGCUUGCUUUUGCACAAUUUACUUGGAGGCGGCACAUGCAGAACAUGAGACUGGAGAGUUUGUUAGAGCAUCCUCGGGCUUAUCUGAAUCGAGCAAUACAGCUAUUUAAUUCUUUGAACGAGCCUUGCAAGAAGAGUAAUUUGCAGGAAGGGGCAUUGAAUGCCAGGGCUUGGGCUUCCAAGUCCCUUGCUACAGUUUCAAUAGGGGAUGCAAGCACCAGCAGGGGUCCACCUGUUUGUGAAUGUCGAUGAACUUCUCUCUGCAACGGGAAUAUACAUUCCCCUUGUCAAAAAAGCGGGAGGUGGAGCAGAUUAGGGGUGUACCAACAGAAUUUUGUUGGACAUUCUGUUUAUGCAGAGAUGGUUUUGGUUCAAAAUCAUGUCGGUAGUGUAAUUUGGGGUCCAGCAUUUGUGACCACGAAGCAUGUCGACGACGUUGUAGUGAUCCAGCUUUCAUUUGUUUAUAAUUUAGAAUACAAUUUAUUUAACAUUCAAGUGGAAAUAAUUGUAAUUCAAUUUGUGAAUAGAUCAUACAUGAUUCUCAUU